AUGGCCCUAAUCAACAGCAUCCGCGAGAACAUGGUGAUGGGGAGGUUCUUCGACAACCACCCCCUGAUGAUAGCCUUCGACAAGAACGUGAAGGAGGUGACCGCUCUGCUGGCCACCCUGCCGUUUGCGGAGAUGCAGAAGCUGCCCGUUCAGAGCAGCACGCAUCCCAAGGGGAGGAGGGGCAAUGGCUUCCGAGACAUGGAGAUGUCAGUGGACUCGCAGAGCUUCGUGAACCUGGGCCAGCUGAUGGGGAGCCGGCACGGGGGCGGCGGCGCCUCGAGCGCGGCCACCAGCAGCGGCGGCGAAACCACCCGGACAGGGCUCGACGACUUGGCUUGCACGUCUUUCCUUUCCGAUGAUGACGACGACUCCGAAGGCCUCCGCGACUUCGACCAGAUCUUCCACCCGGCGGCCACCAGCACGUCGGGCGCGUGGUCGUCGGGGCGCGAGCUGUACGGCCAGCAGCGCCACCGCGGCGGCGGGGCGGUCGAUCACCAGCACGGAGACGGAGGGGCAUUUGACGACGACAACGACAGCGUCUUGCCGGCACUCCCUUCCCGCAGCUCUACCCCGGGAUCCCCGCGGGGCUACUUGACUUCAAACAGCGGCAACAGCAGCAGCAGUAAGCCUUACUUCGUUGCCUCGGCGGCGAGCGCUGCUGGCGCCGGGUGGGUCGAGGAAGACUUCGGCUCGGGUGCCGGCGCCCGCAGGGGCGGGGGAAGGGUGGGGCACGCUUCCUGUGAUCACCGCCUUGCAACAGGCGGCGCGCUCGAGAACAAUUUGACGCAGAACACGGAUACUACAACGCAUACAAAGGCUACUGCGCCUGCUGCUGCUGCUGCCAUCACGUCCCCCGAGAUCCAACCCGGCGGCAGCCUCACCCAGCAGAGCGGGACGUCCCGGACCGCCGCCGCCGCGGGCGGAGAAAUCGCGGCGGCUUCCGGCAGCAGCACGCCUUUCCUGCGCGAGUCCUGGCUGCAUGUCCCCAUCGGAGACGAGGACGAAAUCAAGUCGGAGGCAGCCGCAUCCUCGGACAUGGACGACGACGACUCGGACGCUGAGGAGGCCGGCGGAGCAGCGUUCAGCAGCCACCGGCAGCGGUACUCCGAGGCCGCCGCGGCAGCCGCGAGGGCCCGCCGCGCCGCCGCCCAAGCUCUCGGAGAUUGCGGAGAUUGCCUCGUGCGCGGCGUGGGGAGAGCGGGUGCGCUCGCGAAGGCCCGGGCCUUGGAGUUCGGGCGGGCGGUUAAGGUUCAGGUGGAGGCAGGGGCGGACGCGUGCUCGAGGGGGCAGAAGGCCGCGGUGAAGGCGGUGGAUAGCGUGCCGCAGGCUCCGGGUAAGGGAAAGCAGUAA